CUUAAGGCCCCACCACGUACAAACAGACACCAGUCUACCAGUCCUGGCUGAAGUCUCACAGUGAGGAUGUUGAUGUCAAUAGCUCUGAUUACACACUGCUUCUUGCAGCUUACUGCUGGAAUAAGUGUUGGUGAUUUCACGCAAGGGUUUAAAAGAAAAGAAAGGGAAUUAAAUGCACCAGCACCUAUUGACUGUAAAAUGACUGCUUGGUCUGAGUGGGCACCCUGUGACCCUUGUACUAAAACCAAGCAUCGUUCCAGGGGUAUUGAAACUUUUGGGCAGUUUGGAGGUCGAAGAUGUAUAGAACCCAUUGGAGAAAAUGAAAUCUGCAAACCAACAACUCAAUGUGUGGAAGAUCCACCACCUGUCUGCGCCGCUAAUGAGUUCCUCUGCGAAACAGGCUUCUGUAUUAAAAAUCGGCUGCUGUGCAAUGGGGACAAUGACUGUGGGGACUUUUCUGAUGAGGAAGAGUGUGAUAAAAUCCGCUCCCCAUGUGGCAAUUUGGUCAUGACUGAGUCAGACAUCGGUCUGGGUGCUGGAUACGGCAUCAACAUUCUAGGCUCAGGCCCCCGAAUAAACCCAUUUAAUAACAAGAUAUAUAAUGGAAUAUGUGACCGUGUCAAGGAGCCAUCCACAUUGACAUACAACAGGCUGCCCUGGAAUGUUGCUGUCCUUAACUAUGAGACAUUAGUGGAAGAGACUACUUCUAAAGAGGUCUACAAAGACACUCAUUCAUUGCUGAGCGAACUCACCCACGAUAUUACUACCAAAACUUCUGUAGGAUUAUCCUUUAAGUUCACACCUACUGAGUCAUCGGGAAAAAAUGGCACACAACUUGUGAGUGCCUCAGCUGGACUGAACACUGAGACUGAAAAGAAAGAAAUGAUCAAAAUUAUUACAGAACACAGCACCACAAAUGAAAAAUCCUUCUUUAGGAUUACGGGCAAAGUGCAACUAGGCACAUACAGAAUGAGGUCUCGAGGUCUGGAAGUCACUCCGACAUUCUUGGAUGAUGUUGAUGCACUGCCUAUAGAAUAUGAGAAAGGACAGUAUUUUCGCUUCUUGGAGGAUUAUGGGACUCAUUACACCAGGAAUGGAAGAGCAGGGGGGGAAUAUGAACUUGUAUACAUCCUUAAUAGUAAAGUAAUCACAGACAUGAAAAAAAUAGAAACUACACUGAAGGAUUGCUUGAAAGUUGGGAUUGACGCAAAUUUUCAGCUCACUGGAGGUAUUACAGGAGGUCUAGAGCCAGGCAAAACUGUACCUCAAGACAAGUGUACAGAACUGAUAACGGGUGACACAAAUACUGAUAAAAGUGAGCCACUAAUUGAUAAAGUGAUCAGUGCAGUGAAAGGAGGUACCCCAGCUUCAGCAGCAGCAAUGAAAUCUCAGCUCAGUAGUACUGGUUUGCUGGAUUGGAAUCAUUAUGUGGCUUGGGCAAGGACACUGUCUGACAUGCCUGCUCUCAUCCACAGUGAUCCUGAGCCCAUCUAUAAUGCAAUCCCUUUGAAAUUCCCUGAUGCCCAGCCAAGGAGGGAGAACUUGCAGAGGGCCCUGAAUGAGUACAUGGCAGAAUACAGUGUGUGCAAGUGCCAGCCAUGCCAGAACGGUGGCACCAUUGCCCAGAUAGAUGGCAGUUGCAAAUGUCUGUGCCCAGUGCAAUCUGAAGGCAUUGCCUGUCAGAACAUCCGUUCUGAAUUUAGUAAAGAUAAUGACAAGCGCAUAGAACAGCUGGGGAACUGGGGCUGCUGGUCUCCCUGGUCAAGCUGUAGUGAAGGCAGCCGGAGACGAAUUCGAUCUUGCAACACAGGUGGCCUUGAAGGAGCUAUCUGUAAAGGAGACCCAGUCAGCGAGGAAUAUUGUUAAUGCUGUGUGGGCAUUCAAUUGAUCUGUUCUCCUCUUUCUUUAACAGUUAUACACACGGACACAAUUAAAAAAGGCACAGUCCUUUGGUUUCAAUAAAAUGCCAGCACAAAUCAAA